UCUCAUUCCCUAUCUCCCCCUCCCCCACAUCUUUCUCUCUGGGCAUUUCAUCUCUGUCACUCCCACAGCUCACACACACCUCUCUGUAAUGGCGCCGUUAACGCGAAGUCGAAACCGUUUUCCAAAACCACUUGUGUUUUUCAAAUUGUAAGAAAUGGGGAAAACAGCUAGGUGGUUUAGAGGGUUCUUGGGCGGGAAGAAGGAAGCUUCGCCGUCGCCGUCGCCGUCGCCGUCGCAAGAUGCGAAGCCUGUGAAGGAGAAGAAGAAGAGAUGGAGCUUCGUCAGAUCUUUCAAGGACAGGGAAAAGGACAGGACUACGACGAUACCUUCUUCGCAUGUGCAGGUGAAAGAGGAUGAUAUUGAUAGGAGGGGUUGUUACAGAGAAGAAUCGUCUUCGUAUCCAUGUUCCUACGACGCCGGAUCAGUUCAGGACCAGAACAAGCAUGCGAUUGCAGUUGCUGCGGCCACUGCUGCAGUGGCGGAAGCUGCGGUUGAGGCGGCUCAAGCGGCUGCCGCGGUGGUCAGGUUGACCAGCAGUAGUGGCCGCUGCCCCAACGGGAGUGUUGGGAAGCGAGAAGAUUGGGCCACUGUUAAGAUACAAGCUGCGUUCCGAGGCUAUUUGGCAAGGAGAGCUUUGAGGGCACUGAAGGGUUUGGUUAGACUUCAAGCAUUGGUGAGGGGCCACAUUGUGAGAAAAGGGUUGGUGGAGAAUCUACGGUGUUUACAGGCAUUGGUGAGAGCUCAGGCUAGAGCUCGGGCAGGUCGUAUCCACAUUUCAGAAUCGCGGUAUCCUUACAGCAAGCACCUGCCGUCACAUAAUCCUGGCCCAGCAACCCCUGAAAAACAUGAACACUCAAUACGUGCUAACAGUGCCAGAAAUGAUUGGUCCUCAUCCCUUAAGAGAAACAGUUCAAGCAGAUCAAAUAUCAGGGGUGACAUUAAUGUGGACAGGAUGCAGUGUGCUAAGAAUCGUUAUGACCAUUGGAUGGAUAAAUGCUCAGUGGACCGUUGUCAUCGGGAAACUUCUGUCAAAACCAUGUCUACUGAUGAUGAAAAAAGUGACAAAAUCCUGGAAAUUGAUUCUGGGAAGCCCCACUUGAACUCAAAACGAAAGAUUAAUGUAUGUCAGUUUUCCAAGUAUGCUACUACUUCAGAUCAGAACAGUCAUGGCUUUUCUACAUUGGCCUCCCCUUCAAGGGAGUCGACAACAGCUCAAUUGUCUACUCAAAGCUCAUCUUCUGGUGAAGUCCAGUCAUUGAGCCCUCUUAAAUUCAAUCACGAGGUAGAUGAUGCAGCAUUUUGCACAGCCAGUAACAGCCCACAGUAUUUCUCUGCAACAUUGAGGCCUGGCAGUGCCAGUGGAAGGGCCAUCACGCCAACAAAGAGUGAAUGCUCUCGAAGCUACUUCAGUGGGUACUCGGACUCCCGAAGCUUCUUCAGUGGGUACUCUGAUUACCCCAAUUACAUGGCCAACACGGAAUCAUCAAAGGCUAAGGUAAUAAGGUCUCAGAGUGCUCCGAAACAGAGACCUGAGUUUGACAAAUCAAGUUCAACUAAGAGGUUUUCUGUUCAAGGGUUCGGGGAUACAAGGUCAAGUGCCCAAAGGGCAUCAGCACUACAUGCAAACUUUAAGAGCAAAGCAUACCCAGGCUCAGGCCGAUUGGAUAGACUAGGAAUGCCAAUUCAUGGUGAUUCAGGCUUCAAUGGGGUGUACACCUGCAGCAGAUAGUAGAAUUGUUUAUGUGUGAAUUAAUAUUUUGUGUUUGGUGUUUUAGUUUCUUCCUCUUGUAAUCCUUUUCUUUCUGUUUCCUGGAAACACUUUUAGUCCAUUUUGCUUUUAUUAUUUAAAUAUUUAUAUAUAUAUACAUUUUGCUUU